AGCAGAGGGGUAGCCUUUGUAUCUAAUAUAAUAUGAUAAGUAACCGGUUGCAGUCACUGGAUACUGGAUGAUAAUAUGCCCGGCCAUUGACUAAAGCUGCUGAGCUGCUGAGCUGCCCCGCAAGCUUCCGGUCUAAAGCGACCUUUAACGGCCAAUUUUCGUCAUUAACAUUCGGCUUUAACUUGUUCAUAUUUCAUAUAUCGGCAGCUGGUUGAUGCAUACAUACAUACAUACAUGGGGGUUUAAAACAACCUCGUGCUUCUUUAGCAACCAUAAACAUGCGCUUAGCCGCCCAGGAUGUUAUCAAGUAGUAGGGUACGGACCGGCGCUCGUGCAAAUCUCGCUCUUAUUACAAACCUCACUCGAGGACCUCGUCAUCGUCGACCUCUUCAUCUAGCUCCACCUUUUCUCCUAGAUGACUAUACCCCACGGUACCAGUUGCUAUCGCAGGCCGACGCUGCUAAGAAGCGCGAGCUCGCCCGCGCGCACCUCCGAAACUGUAACCUCUGCCCCCGGCUUUGCGGCGUUAACCGCUACGAGACGACGGGCAUGUGCCUCAUUGGGCAUGAUGUCAAGGUCAACGUAAUCGCUCCCCACUUUGGCGAAGAGCCUUGUAUACAAGGUCACAAUGGGAGUGGCUCCGUCUUCUUCUCCGGGUGUAAUCUUCGAUGCACGUUUUGUCAGAAUCAUGACAUUGCUCAUCAGAGGAACGGAUUCGACUUGACGCCCGAAGAGCUGGCGCAGUGGUAUAUUAAAUUGCAGGACGUUGGCAAUGUUCACAAUAUUAAUCUCAUUACUCCUGAGCAUGUGGUACCGCAAGUGGCUUUGUCCGUGCUACACGCACGCGAUCUGGGGCUAAAGAUCCCCAUCGUUUACAACACGUCAGCAUUCGACUCGCUCGCGUCGCUAGAGCUCAUGGAUGGGCUUGUCGAUAUUUAUCUCCCAGACUUCAAGGUAUGGAACAAGGCUACGUCUCAACGCCUGCUCAAAGCCGAGGACUAUGCCUCCACUGCUUGCGAGAGUAUCAAGGCGAUGCAUGCCCAAGUUGGGGACUUGUGUUUCACUGGCGACGGUAUAGCGAAGAAAGGCGUGCUAGUCAGACACUUGGUAAUGCCGGGAAAGGAGGCAGAAAGCGAAGAGAUCAUGAGAUACCUAGCGCAGAAUGUAUCGCGAGACAUCUUCGUCAACAUCAUGGAGCAGUAUAGACCUGAUGCUCACGUUGGGAAACCAAAAAGAAGAACCAAGAAGGAGGCGGCUGAAGAGGGUGUUCAAGAGGAGGUCAGAUAUGCGGAUAUCAAUCGACCCGUCACUAAGGAGGAGGUAUCGAUGGUGAGAAAGGCCGCAGAGGCUGUAGGAUUGUGGCGCUUUUGCGAUCCUCCUCGACAUGAUGGUUUUGCUAUAUGACGCCCUUUACAUACAUAAAAGUCUACUGGGCAUACUGUUAUU